UCACUAAUCUUUAAUAUACUUUAGUUCAGUAUAUGUAGAUCAUUUGUAAUCAAAUAAAAACAUUUCCAUUAAAAAAGUCAUGGAUAUUGAUUAUAUGGUUCACCUUGAGGAUUUGACAUUAUCUGAGUUGGAAGAAAUCAUGAAUGAUGAAGAAAAAAUCAAUCAGUUUGUUUUGGAUGACGACAGAUUAAAAAAGAUGAAUCUUGAUAGAGAAUUGAUCCUGGCUGAAAACCGAAGCCUUGCAGAUGCUAAUUUGGGUAAAGAGCCAAGACUGCUUCAACUGAAAGCAGAUAUUGGAGCAAAGUACACUAGAUUGAAAGAAACUCAUGAUAAUUUUCAAACUAAUCAGGGUAAAAUUGCCUCAUUAUCAAAAGAAGAGAACUUAGAUGCACUGCUCGCUAUUCUACAAACGAGAUCUGCUGAAAGUGAAGAAAAGACAGAGAUGAUUGCUGAAAAAUUUAAUUCUAAGGAUAUUGAUAUUACAGACUUUAUAGCAGAAUUCACUAAAUUACGCAAAACUGCUCAUCUAAGACGAGCAAAAGUAGACAAAAUGAGAGAACUUAUUUUAGAAAAACGCAGAAACGAAGUUCAUAAUCCCACCCUAUAUCCAUCUGUACCUAAACCAACACCGAGGGCAAGAAACCAAUCAGCUCCAGUGCAAGCUCAGCCAAAUAACCCUACUUCAUAUCCACCUUAUCCCAGCUAUGGACAACAUGGUGUCCCUAAUUCAACCUUCCCAUCACAGCCACCCCAACCAUAUCCUCCUGCUCCACAAAACUAUCCGGCAUAUUCAUGGUAAACCACUUUGGGCUGUCAACUUCGCACUUAUUGUUAUUUUCUUUCACUUUUUGCAAUCAAUAUCGUACACAGUCAAUUUAUAAUAUGGCUUUUUUGAUAGAGCAUUUACUACAAUUUACAACCAAUUUUUCUUCCAUUGCCAUUAAAUUGGAUUUUUGAAAGGAAACGCAUCCCAAAAUAGUAACAAAAAAACCUAAUUCUUCAAAGCAAUCUUUAAAUAUGUUCUUAUAUAAUGUAGGUGUGCCAGUGCCAGUUAUAUUGAAAUAAUUUUAUGUACAGUAUUUGAAAUAUUUUUUGGAAGUAGUUAUUGUCGUCGCGUUUAAAUAAUUUGACAUUGGCUUAUCAUAUUAAAUUUGUGUGGUCGUUUUGACUUGGUUCUCUUUUCUAAGAUGUUGGCAAAUAUUCUGUAAAGUAAAAAGAUUUUGUUAGUUUCGUGAACGGAAAACUCAAUACUAAGCAUUGUAACACAUCACAGCACACAGUCAAAAGUUAUCAUUUGGCCCCAUUACUAUGGUGGUACUGGAAUAUAUGGGCCUAUGCCUAUCUAAUUUUUGCCAGACAAUGAGUAUGAUAAUAUUAUGCCAAGGGUAAUAUACGGUACUAACUUAACAAGCAGUCGGUAUUUUACGUUACAAUAAUAUACCAUCUGAUGUAAUCCAUGCUAUGAAUCAUUUGUGAAAAAAUAAGUAAAUCAAGUUCGUCAUUGCAAGUUUAUAUAGUUAUUUAUGAUGAACAAUGGAAUAUUAUGGUCUGUCUUUUGAAUUAUUUGCCUUUUGUUUAGCAAUUGAGUAUUUUCCUGACAUGGGUUCAUAAUUUAUAUCUGCAUGGUGUCACCAUUAAUAUCAGUUCAAAUACCAUUUUUAGUCAGGAGAGUAAUUUUUGAAUAUUUGGGAUUUUGAGUAUUACUCAUGGUUUGAUUAGCAGUGGAAGUGGCCAUGUAGCCUAUUUUGCAAUAAACCUGGGAAACCCAUGGUGAUUCCUAUGUUAAAACAUACUUAGUUAGACGGAAAUAAUUUGUUACAAAUUGGAGUUUUUUUGGGAAUUACCGUAGUCAUUGAUUGCCGUGUUUAAUGUUAUCUUUGGCCACUUAUAAUAAAUUUGUGUGAUUGUUUUGACUUGGUUUUCUUUCCAAGUUGUUGGCAAAUAUUUUGUGAAACAAAUAUUUUUUUUUUGUUAGUUCCUGGGGCAAAAAAGAUGACAACUGAACACAAAACAUUGGAACACAUUCGGUCAUUUAGCCUCAUUAGCUGGAAGUUCAUUUCAGCUAAAUUGUAAAUGGUUAUGAAGCGUGUCUGUUCGUGGAGCGUGUACAGCUUUGGAAUAUACCAUAAUCAAAUGACUCAAAAAUUUUCAAUAGGGACCAAGAGUUGAUUUAUAUCUUGCUUUAUUGACUAAGGUUAUUUCCAACUUGAGUAAUGGCUUCAAAUAUUACCAUAUGCCACAAAAAGAUAUAAUUUCUUUUUUUUGUGUUUAGUGCUGAUUGGUUUUUUGAUUUUUACAAGCCCGUAUGAGUAUGAAAAACUUGAUGCUACUAUCAAUGGAUUAUGAUUAGCUGCAAAUGAUAAUUUCAAACAUAAUUAUUAAGAAUAAUACUGUAUUUGCAUGUCCUGUUUUUCAUUUAAUUCGCUCCUCUAUUAUAUUAAAAAGUGAGUUUGAAUAACAUUAAGUUCAUUAUAUGUACUAUAUUAUCAUUUUGCUUAUAUUUUUGUGCUUAUAUUUCAG